GUGUCUAUAAAAGAGGUGCUUCGUUGUGCGAGCUUCGUCUACUCUGCUCUGCUUUUUCUUCUUCUUUUUCUCUCCUCGUUAAUAUUCAGUUCCUCCUUCAGUCCUAGAGAGAGAAAGCGAGGGAAGAGAGAGAGAGAGAGGGGUAAUGGCAAUGGCGGUCUCGAAGAAGUGGAUUUCUCUGUGUUCGUUAAUGGUGCUCGUGCUGGUGGUCGGAGUCACGGCCAGGGUACGAACGGACGUCUCUGCCGCUAGGAAUGCUGAAGCAGAGGAGUUACAGAGCUCUAACAACUCAUCAAUGGCGGCAACAAGGUCGGAAGAGGUUGGGGCUUUGAAUGAGCAUGCAGUUGAUAACCCAGAGGAGGUUGCUUCAAUGGUUGAGAUGAGUAUCAAGAACAGCACAGAGAACCGCCGUAAACUGGGUUUCUUCUCCUGCUUCACGGGCAACCCCAUCGACGACUGCUGGCGAUGCGACCCCACCUGGCACCUCCACCGCAAGCGCCUUGCCGACUGCGGCAUAGGGUUUGGCCGCAACGCCAUCGGGGGCCGCGAUGGCCGCUUCUACGUCGUCACUGACCCCUCCGACACCGACGCGGUCAACCCAAGGCCUGGCACCCUCCGCCAUGCCAUCAUCCAAGACGACCCGCUCUGGAUCAUCUUCGAGCGCGACAUGGUGAUCCAGCUCAAGCAGGAGCUGAUCAUGAACAGCUUCAAGACCAUAGAUGGACGUGGGGCCAACGUGCACAUUGCCAAUGGUGCGUGCAUUACGAUACAGUUUGUCACGAACGUGAUUGUGCAUGGGUUGCAUAUACAUGACUGUAAGCCGACUGGGAAUGCCAUGGUGAGGAGCUCACCCGAGCAUUUUGGGUGGAGGACUAUGGCGGAUGGGGACGCGAUAUCGAUUUUUGGGUCGAGUCAUAUCUGGGUUGAUCAUAAUUCCUUGUCUAAUUGUGCUGAUGGGCUUGUUGAUGCUGUCAUGGGGUCUACGGCGAUUACCAUUUCCAACAAUUACUUCACUCACCACAAUGAGGUGAUGCUGCUGGGACAUAGUGAUUCCUAUGUGAGAGACAAGCAGAUGCAAGUCACUAUCGCGUACAACCAUUUUGGAGAGGGUCUUAUCCAGAGGAUGCCGAGAUGUAGGCAUGGGUACUUCCAUGUGGUAAACAAUGACUAUACUCACUGGGAGAUGUACGCCAUUGGUGGAAGUGCUGAGCCCACAAUCAACAGCCAGGGUAACAGAUACCUUGCCCCAACCAAUCCAUUUGCAAAGGAGGUGACAAAAAGGGUGGAGACAGCUGAAGAUCAAUGGAAGGGUUGGAAUUGGAGGUCAGAGGGUGACAUGAUGCUUAAUGGUGCCUAUUUCACUGCAUCUGGAGCUGGUGCCUCAGCUAGCUAUGCAAGAGCUUCAAGCCUUGGGGCCAAGUCUUCCUCCAUGGUGGGCUCCAUAACUUCCGGGGCUGGCGUUCUUGGCUGCCGCCGCGGCCACCAGUGCUAGCACUCACCUAUCAAUAUUACCUAAAAUGAUAUAUAAGCUCUAUUUGUCGUCUUCUUUUUUUUCCAUUUUUUUCAUUAGGCUUCCACUUUUGCGGUCAUAUAUAGCCCUACUCCGUACCCACAUUCCACCACUGUUUCUCCAUCCCCGAAUUGUUUUACCCAUUUUGGCAAGUGUACAUUUUUUACACGUGUCAUCAUUUAUACCACCAAAAUACCCUCAUUUCAUAUUGUCCUGCCAUUGUUGCGCAACCUCGACCUGCUUCAAUUGAAAAAAAGAAGUCCCCAACGGCCAUCCCAGGAGCAGGUGCAGAAGCGUUGUUCAUUUCUUUGUUUACCCUUUUUUCGUCUAUCUCAAGAUCUCCUUCACCAGCAUACGCUUUGUUACUCGUCUGCCCUAGUUUUAGUGCUGCUGCUUCUGCAUAUUGUGUUGGCUUCUGGGUUUAAAGGAAACUGGUUGGUUUUGCUUAGUCUUUUUUCUUCUUUGUUUUCUUCUUUCGUGAGUCAUACAGGAUAUAACAGUGUGAAUGUCAAACAAUAGAGUUAUGAAGAAACUUUGGUUAUAGAUAUGAUGAUGCAUAUAAUAUAGUAGAGACAGUGAGGUCCUUGUCUUUGCCCCCAUUUUGUUUUGGCUUUGUCAUUUUCAAUGGAAGCAAAUACUUUCCUUUGGUUGUGCAA